ACGUGUUUAAUUUAUGUUGUUUGUGUGUGUCAAAAUUUUGUUACUGUGUUGUUAAAAUUAAUUUAAAACAGUCUAUAUAUAUACAAAAGCCUCAACUUGAAGAGUAUUAAAAAUAACCACCAGAAGUGCCUAAUAUAUGCCAUGAAAACACCAUAAAUAAAGCUGUGCACGUUUUAACGACAUUACCUAAAUUAUAAUGAUUAACUGCUCCAGAAGAAUGUAUUACAGUGAUAAAUUUAUAAAUUACUAAUUUAUGUUACUACAAUUCAAAGGGUGCCUUAAAUUUUUAGUAAAAAUGAUGGUAAAAUUAUGAAACGAAAGUAAAAAUAGUAAAUUUGUCGAAUUUGUUCCAAUUAUAAUAAUAUUCCCUUUGAUUGAUGAAAUUAAAAUUAUGAAAAUAUAAUUUUCAUUUCAAUAUUUUAGUUAUUAUACUUUUCAGUACAUUAAUUUAUAUACACUAAAAUCUUGAGAGUAUUUAUAAUACAUCAGCAAAACAAAAUGGCUGAAAAUGAUUUGUUUCCAAAAGCAGAUGAAUUAUCUUCUAAAAUGUCUAAAAAUGAAGAUUCCUUACACCUUCCACCUUUACAAAUGUGUACAAAGGAAGAUAAUGUCACAUCGACGAUUUCUUUAAAAGUUGGAGAUGAAUAUCAAACUGACGUUAAAGAAAAUACACCUUUAAAUAGUUUAAAUUUAGAAGAAAUGUUGAAUAGUUCAUACUUAAAGAAGACUGAAAAUGAAACCUCACAAGAUAUUCCACCUUCUGAGACAAUUCAAAAUGGAGAUUUAAGCAACUUAAGUGAAUAUCAAGCUUGUUUGCAAUUCUUCGCACUAAAUUUACUAUUAAAUGGUCAUCAAUUAGAUGAAAACAUGCAAAAAAUGUUGGAAAAUAUAAAAUCACCACAGAUUCCACCGUUUAACGAAGAUCAAAUAAAGCAGAUGAGGUCAAUAAGAGCUGGAGGUGAGCAUCCCACCAAUUUGUCUUCGCUGGCAGCAAAGAAUGGUCUUCAAUUGGAAGAAGAGAUGCUUCGUUCAUCUUCUAAAAUGUCUGAGAAUGAGAAUUCACCACAUCCUUUUAAAGAAAGUAAAAAUGAAGGUCAUAUCAAGGAAACAAGUCCUACAAGAGUUGCAGUAAAGCCACCUAUGAAUGGUCUUCAAUUAGAAGGAGAGAUCCACCGUCUAUCUUCUAGAAUGUCUGAAAAUGAAAAUCCACAACAUCUUCCACCUUUUAAGACCAUCGAAAAUUGUCAUAAUAUUGGACAGGCAAGUUCUACAAGCAAUUUAGGUGUACCGGUGAGUUUACCCUAUGUCACAGCAAAGCCACCUAUGAAUGGUCUUCAAUUAGAAGCAAAGACGCACCGUCCAUCUUCUAAUGAAAAUCCACAACAUCUUUCACCUUUUAAGAGAAUUCCAAAUAGUCAUAACAUUGGACAGAUAAGUUCUAGAAGCAAUUUAGGUGCACCGGUCGGUUUGUCCCAUCACACAGCAAAUCUACCUAUGAAUGGUCUUCAAUUAGAAGGAGGGAUGCAUUGUCCAUCUUCUAGGAUGUUUGUAAAUGAAAAUCCACAACAUCUUUCACCAUUUAAGACAAUUCAAAAUGGGCAACACAUUGGACAGACGAGUUCUACAAUCAAUUUAGGUGUACCGGUCGGUUUUCCCCAUCACACAGCAAAGCCACCUAUGAAUGGUCUUCAAUUAGAUGGAGAGAUGCAUCGUCCAUCUUCUAGAAGGUCCGCAAAUGAAAAUCCACAACAUUUUUCACCUUACAAGACAAUUCAAAAUGGUCAAAACAUUGGACAGACGAGUUCCACAAGCAAUUUAGGUAUACCAGUUGGUUUACCCUAUGUCACAGCAAAGCCUCCUAUGAAUGGUCUUCAGUUAGAAAGAGAGAUGCAUAGUCCAUCUUUUAGAAUGUCUGCAAAUGAAAAUCCACAGCAUUUUUCACCUUACAAGACAAUUCAAAAUAGUCAUAAUCUUAGACAGACGAGUUCUGUAAGCAAUUUAGGUGUACAUCAUGGCAAUUUCCCCCCCUUCGCAACAAAUCCACCUGUAAAUGGUUGUCAAUUACAAAAAAUGGCACCACAUCAAUUUUAUAGACGUUAUGAAAAAACAAAAGAUCAUACUGAACAGAUGAGUUUGACAAGUACUGGAAGAGAAUAUCCCAAAAGUUUGCCCUAUCCCACAGCAAAACUACCUAUGAAUGGUCUUCAGUUGGAUCAGUCUUCUAAAAUCAGAAAUCCACAACAUAUGCCACCUUUUAAGUCAAUUCAUAAUGGUCAAUACGUCGGACCGUCGACUCCAAGGAGAAAUUUAGGUGAAUGUAAAGCUAGAGUGCCAUUCUUCGCAACGAAUUCACCAGAAAUUGGUUCCCAAUUAGAAGAAAGGAUGCAUCAUCCAUCUACAAAAAUGCUUAAUGGGUAUCCUCCACAUACUCAACCUUUUAAGACAAUUCGAAGUGGUUACAACAUGGAACCGACGAGUUCUACAAGUAAUUUAGGUGAACAACCCUAUUUGGCAACUAAUCCACGUAAUCUUAUGAAGCAGACAAGUUUUAUGAAAGUUGGAAGUAGAUGUCCAGUCGGUAUGCCAUAUCCUUCAGCAAGGCCACCUAAGAAUGGUUUUUAUUUAGAAGAAAGGCCGCUUGAUUUGUCUUUCAAAGUGCCUGAAGAACCUUUUAAUAUAAAUAAAAAUUGUUCUUUAAGAAUUGAAAGUAAAAGUCAGGACUUCUUCCCUCCAAAUCCACCAGUAUUACAAGAAAAUGCUCUUGAUUUGUCUUUGAAGAGUGGACAUCAAAAUUCAUCAGAUUCUCAACCUUUUCAAGAAGUUAAAAAUGAUAUCAAUACAGGAGAGGCAAAUCCAUUGGAUGUAGAAUCUCUUGAAAUGAAUAAAAAUGAACAUAACUUUAUAGUGACUGAUGUGUUAAGAGAGAUGUGUGAAAAUCAAGAAUAUUUUGCCAACCCCAUACCAAAACCAACCACCGAAGAGACUAAAAAUGAAGUUAAUGUGGAAAGUCAAGAUGGUACGCCAAACCAACCAAUAGAAGAAAUAUUAUCAGAUGAUAAGAAAGAACCUACAGAGGAUCAAGAAUGCUUUGUUGACCCCAUACCAAUACCAACCACUGACGAGACUAAAAAUGAAGUUAACGUGGAAUGUCAAGAUGACACACCAAAUAAAAUGUCAACAGAAGAUACGUCAGGUCCUACAAUGAAUAAAAAUGAAUGUGAUACCCACAAGAAGAAGUCAGCAAGGAUUGGAGAAGAAUACCAAGCCGACCUACCAGAAUUCACACCUAACCCGUCAGAAAGUUACUUACAAUCAAAAGAAAAGGGACAUCUUCUAUGGAAACCCAUUGAUAAUAUGGGGAAAGUUGCGAAAUACAUCGAACUUGCACAAGUUGGUUUCUUUUUGAAUGAAGAACAAAGUUUGACGUUAUUGUUUUUGAAUGGUAACGACUUUCUGAAAGCUGGACAAGAUUUAUCCAAAUACGUUGACAUCAGUAUGUUAUGGAACGAGGAGGACAUGAGAAUUAUGGAGAAAUGCGUGAAACGUAAGGAACAAAAUUUCUAUAAAAUACAGAAGAAGCUUAAGGGCAGAAGAACGAUAAACAGUAUUGUUAAAAUGUAUCACUUAUUUACUGCAAAUGAAGAAAUAUAUGAAAUAGAAUGUUAAAUGUAAACUGCUGCUGAUGUAAACUUAGCUAAGCUUUGACCAUUGUUUAUUAUUAUAUAUUUUUAUAUGUAUAAAAUAAACAUAUAAACAUUU